ACUUGAUAGCCAUCUGUACACGUGCGCGCUUUCUAACCUCUCGCAGCUGGUCACUGGAUUUACAAUAAUUUAUAAACAGCUCGAAGGAAUUAAAGCUACCGAGGAGGGAAAUUCGCGCUGUGUAACGCAGCGUUUAAAUGAACGCGUACAAACAUGUUAACAACAAAGGUCUUUUUUAGAAAGACGAAGGGAGGGAAUAUAUUCAAGACCGUCAGAGAGCACUAUCUCAGAGAUGACAUUUACUGCGGCUUCAAUUCGUGCACAAGGUGCAAAACGAGGCUUCGGGAUAUGGUGCUGGACGUGGAAGAGGCUGGCGCCAAGUCCUCCUUAAUUCCAAGCCCAUAUUUUCUUGUACUCGACACGAAUAUAAUUCUGGAUCAAAUAGACAUACUGGAAGAGGAUGCCAUCGCCAAUGUAAUCGUCCUGCAAACAGUACUGGAAGAAGUUCGGCACAAAAGUGCCACCGUGUAUAAAAAAUUGAAGCUUAUCAUAGGGAAUGCAAGGAGAAAGUUUUUCGUGUUCAUCAACGAACAUCAUCGGGAAACUUAUAUGGAGAGGGAACCCGGUGAAAAGAUAAACGAUCGUAACGACAGAGCGAUACGGGUUGCGGUUAAAUGGUACAGUUCCCAUUUGAGCUCUGAUGAUAACAAUAUAAAGAUUGUUUUGCUAACCGACGAUGUCGAGAAUAGAAGACGCGCAGCCGAAGAUGGCCUGUUUGUUGUGUCGAUGGAAGAUUAUAUCGCGUCGUUGGAAAACGCAAGUUUCCUGCUGGAUAAAUUAUGCAAACGUUCUUACUCUUCGGACAUUCAAGGCCCGGAUUUGUUUCCCUGUCAUCUAACACCCGUGGAAGUGCACAACGGCAUAUCGUCUGGGAAACUGUUGCAAGGGACAUUUUUGCAAUCCAGGGAAAAUUUCCUCGAAGGAAACGUGAAUGUUGAGGGAAGAGAAAAACCUAUAUUUGUGCAAGGACGAUCUCAUCUCAACAGGGCAGUCGACGGUGACAUAGUCGCGAUUGAAAUGCUGCCAGACGAUCAGUGGUCAUCGCCCAGUGAAAUUGUUUUGCAAGAUGAACAAACUGCGGAUGCUGACGACGUCACAGAGGAUGAGAAAGCACUCCGCAAGCAGAAUUUAUCAAAAGCGCAAGAGAAAAUACCGACGGGAAAAAUUGUUGGUAUUAUCAGGCGAAAAUGGAGACAAUAUUGUGGAAUAUUGCAGCCGAGUGCGAUUAAAGGAAAUGUAAGGCACUUGUUUGUCCCGGCCGAGAGAAAAAUUCCGAAAAUAAGAAUUGAGACCAGACAGGCCGAGAUAUUGAGUAAGCAGAGAAUUAUUGUCGCACUCGACUCGUGGCCGCGAAACUCGAGAUACCCGCUCGGCCACUUUGUGCGGGCGCUUGGUAAUAUCGGCGAUAAAGAGACGGAGAACGAGGUAUUGCUCUUGGAACACGAUGUUCCGCACAGCCGUUUCUCUGACGCUGUUCUUAGCUUCCUUCCCAAAUUACCGUGGAUCAUCACGGAAGCCGAUGUUGCGCAACGAGAAGACCUUCGACAUUUAGAUAUCUGUUCCGUGGACCCGCCAGGCUGUACCGACAUUGACGAUGCACUACACUGCAGAAGUUUAUCGAACGGUAAUUUCGAAGUUGGCGUGCAUAUCGCGGAUGUAUCCCACUUCAUAAGACCCGGGACCGCGCUGGACAAAGAAGCAGCGUUACGCGCUACUACUGUGUAUCUUGUCGAUAAACGAAUCGAUAUGGUACCAGAAUUGCUCAGCUCGAAUCUUUGCUCCUUGCGAGGUAAGGAAGAACGAUUUGCGUUUUCCUGUAUAUGGGAAAUCGAUCCCGACGCGAGCAUAGUCAACACGCGAUUCUGCAAAUCCAUAAUUUGCUCGCGUCAAGCAAUGACGUACGAGGAAGCUCAAUUGAAAAUCGACGAUGCCACUCAGCAUGAUGCUAUCGCGAUGUCAUUGAGAGGAUUAAAUCAGCUGGCAAAGAAGUUGAAGAAGAAACGUUUGGAGAAUGGUGCCUUAACUUUGGCAUCACCGGAGAUACGUUUCCAAGUGGACAGCGAAACGCACGAUCCCAUCGACGUGGAGGCGAAGAAGUUGAGAGAGACUAAUUCUAUGGUGGAGGAAUUUAUGCUGCUUGCAAACAUUAGCGUCGCUGAAAGAAUAUUGGAAGAAUUUCCGGAAUGCGCUAUGCUGAGGAGACAUCCCGAACCACCGCAAAGUAAUUUUGAACCGUUGAUUAAGGCUGCCGAAAAUCAGGGCUUCACUAUUAAUACAAACACCGGAAAGGAAUUAGCCCGAUCGUUGGAGGAAACUCAUAAGGAAUCGAAUCCCUAUUUCAACACGAUGCUAAAAAUAUUAGCUACGCGAUGUAUGUUGCAAGCGGUAUAUUUUAUCAGUGGAAUGCAUCAACCGGAAGAAUUUAAGCAUUACGGAUUGGCGUGUCCGAUUUACACGCAUUUCACAUCUCCUAUUCGAAGAUAUGCGGAUAUAAUUGUGCACCGACUGUUAGCUGUGUGUAUAGGCGCCGAUGCGACGUAUCCAGAGCUGUUGGAUAAGAAGAAGAAUCACUUGUUGUGCCACAAUCUGAAUUAUCGGAAUCGAAUGGCGCAAUACGCCGGCCGGGCGUCAGUCGCACUUCACACACAUAUAUUCUUCCGCAAUAAGGUUCAGGAUGAGGAAGGAUACGUUCUUUUUGUACGGAAAAACGCUUUGCAAGUGCUUAUACCGAAGUAUGGCUUGGAGGGCACUUUGUAUCUAAAUAAUUCCGCUUCAUCGUCCGUCACGUUCGUGUACAAUUCAGAGGAUCAAUCCCAAACCUGCGGGAACAUCGUAUUUCGGGCAUUUGAUCCUAUUGUCAUACAGAUGAGCUUGGACAGAUCGAAUGUCCAGCAUGAAAAAUUAUUUUUCAAACUCGUGAAACCAGAGAUUCCAGGUUUCAGCGUUCCUCCAUUAAAUACGAAAACUGUUGGCGCCACCGAAGAAAAUUCUACGAAGGAAACGUUUAAACGGAAGCCAGAAGACCUUCAGCAGGAGUCGACCAGUGUUCAUAAUAAGAAAGCCGGAAAGAAAAAGAAAAAAAAGAAUUGACAUUAGUCUAUUUUUUUUUAAGUAUAAUGCGAAUUAUACAAUAAAAAAAUAUAGACAUUGAUUUUUAUAAAAAUUUUGUAUUUUCUUUCACUACUUUUUAACAUUAUAUUCACAACUUAUAAAGUCUUUAUAACAAGACAGAAAUUUUCAAUAAAUCGUUCUUACACAAUA